AGCGCUAGCCUGUUGCCGGUUCCCUUCCCAACUGCUCCUCAGCCGUCCUACAGGGAGUAGGAACACCCGCCAAGCCUCUACUGCAGCGCCGGGCUUACGUAGGGAGUCAAGCCCCGCCCCGCCGCCGCAGUUUCGAGGCCUCGGCUUAGGAAGAGGAGCUGGCUUGGGAGGCCCUUCCAUGGUCGCACUGUCUCUGACCCGGUGGUUUCUAGUGACAGGGCGUGGAAGUGGCUUGUCCCUUUUGGGGAAGGUGGUUCUGGGGGACCAGGAGAGAGACUUUUUUCUCCGCGAGCGCGGACCUGCUUUUGAAUAUUGCCGCCGGCGCAGUCAGUCGGCCAGCGGACGUAGCUGUUGGUUACGAGAGCAGAAACUAUGUGAAGCAACACUCUUUGGAUUUCAUAAGACAUCAUCUCAUCAUGGGACAGCAAAUUUCGGAUCAGACACAGUUGGUUCUUAACAAGUUACCAGAAAAGGUAGCAAAACAUGUCACAUUGGUUCGAGAAAGUGGCUCCUUAACUUAUGAAGAAUUUCUUGGAAGAGUAGCAGAACUUAAUGAUGUAACUGCUAAAGUGGCUUCUGGCCAGGAAAAACAUCUUCUCUUUGAGGUACAGCCUGGCUCUGAUUCCUCUGCCUUUUGGAAAGUGGUUGUACGAGUGGUCUGUACCAAGAUUAACAAAAGCAGUGGCAUUGUGGAAGCAUCACGGAUCAUGAAUUUGUACCAGUUUAUCCAGCUUUAUAAAGACAUCACAAGUCAAGCAGCAGGAGUAUUGGCACAGAGCUCUACCUCUGAAGACCCUGAUGAAAACUCAGCAUCUGUAACAUCUUGUCAGGCUAGUCUUUGGAUGGGAAGGGUAAAGCAGCUGACUGACGAGGAAGAGUGCUGUAUUUGUAUGGAUGGUCGAGCUGACCUCAUCCUGCCCUGUGCUCACAGCUUUUGUCAGAAGUGCAUUGACAAGUGGAGUGAUCGACACAGGAAUUGCCCUAUUUGUCGCCUACAGAUGACUGGAGCGAAUGAAUCUUGGGUGGUGUCAGAUGCACCCACUGAAGAUGAUAUGGCUAACUAUAUUCUUAACAUGGCUGAUGAGGCAGGCCAGCCCCAUAGGCCGUGACCUCCUGGUGGAGUGUUCCAUUGCUGGUGUGGGCUACACAUACUUCAGUCAUGGGGAGAGAGGGCAGGGAUGUUGUAGCACAGACACAGCAAUUCCCCCCACCCUCUUAUUUUUGCUAUUCUGACAGUUUGUCCUUUUAUUUUGAUAAACUUUCCCUGUCUUCCACUUGUGAUAAAUUAAAAUUUGCUACCAUUUUAGACCAUAUUUUCCUAUUAUUUAUCUGUUCUAAUACAUAUUAGGACUAAUUGCUCUUGAAUUCUUUGCUGAGUUAACAUUUCCAGGGGCUUCUGAAACACUUACUUUUCAGGGCAAGAGUAUUCUGGAAUCUAUUUAGUUAGGUUUAAAAUAAACCUUGAAUUUUAAAAAGUUGUAGCCAUCUGAGAGAAAAUCUUAACUGAAAAUGUAUAAUACAUCAGAGUGCAUGUUACUACUUAAAUUAGUCUUUCCUGCUGGGAUCUAAGGAGUAUGUAUGCCCCCUUGUGGUUGACUAUUGCUCUUUUAAUAGUUUUUACUUGAAGUAAUCUGUAAUUAUUUCAUAACUUUAACAAUGUGUUUUGGAACUACAUGUUUUUUAACUUAAGUGUUUUUUUUUUCCCCCAUGCUGUGUAAUAUGGGUGAAGACUAUGAAUUAGGGCAGGACUUUGCCUUGUAAAUGGAUUCUGCUGGGGAGUCUUCUUGGCUAUUCUAGAAAUGCUUUCCUACAGCUGAGAAACUGUUCUAAAUAGCUUUUGGUAAUACUUAUUCAUCCUGGAGAUUCAGAUGGAGGUUUUUCUUCAUCAGGGACCCUAAAUUUUAUGUCCAAAUUAUGAUAAGUCUGUGUGGUGCUUUUAUUUUCUUAAUUUGAAGGCAUCUUCCUGAGGUCCCAGAGUCUUCAAAUUUCUUAGAUUAAGAAAAUAGUAUGUAGCCUUUUAACCAUAUGUACACAAAAACCCCUGAAAAUUAGGAGAUAACUUGACUUUCUGUUUCACUGCAUUUCAUUUGAAACGCCAGGAAAGAGUAUAGAUAUGAUGUUCAGUAGCACUUGAGCCACUUUUUAAAAAUUUUGUUUAUAAAGUAAAAUUUUAUUUUAUGCUACACACUAACAUUUCAGCAUAUAACUAACUAGGGCCUGAUGUCUUUAAAAAGUGUUUUAACAUUCCACAUAGUUUUCUGAUUUAUUAUUGGUAUGUUACAAAUAUUACUAUUUUCUGAAGUACCAAAGCAUACAAUUUAAGUUGCUGCUUAUUGACGGCAGAAUUUUUGGAUACUGGGGACUUUAAUCAGAAUGCAAAUUAAGUAAUUUUUAGGAAAAAUGACCAAAUGUAGCUUGGAUUUUACCCGCUAAUACAAUACUAAUAAUUGGUUGACUUUCAUGAUGGAGGCAGCUGUUUAUACAAGAGGAGUACUGGGGUCUCUGUCCUGUUGACCUGGCAGUGCACUUGAUGGCUGUGUGACCUGAGAAAGCCCCUUCCUCUGGUUUGCAGGCUCUUUAGAAACAGACUUUAUCUGUGGUGUUCACACUUUCUUUCAGUAGCAGAACUGUUUUUUUUUUUUCAAGUAAAAAUCUUACUCAAAAUCCCUACACACACAUGCUGCGCACACACGCGCACGCGCGCACACACACACACACACACACACACACACAAUACCCCCCUACCCCGACCCUGCUCUAUCAUUUUCUCAUUAUACAUUUCCUUAUAUAAAUUUAUGUACCACAGUAACUAAAUAUUUAUGAAAUCAGCCAACAAAAACAUGUUAUUACACUGGUGAUUACAAGUAUAUAGGAAUUUGAUGAGUAACACAGUUGCAUGAUGGGACUUUUUUUCUUUUUUUUUCCAAAAAAAAUUCAAUACAAGUCAAAAUUCAGACCUCUGAUUCUCCUCCUUAGGUUCCUCAGUACUCCAUGGAACAUAUUUUGAAAACUUGAAGAUAAAAGUCUUUAAUGUUCCAUGGAGUACUGUCUUUAUGGAUUAGAUUUGCUGAGUCUCAUUCAGAUUGCCCAAUUUAAGAAUGUUUCUGAAAAUGAAUAGUUUCUUUACAGAUUUUUUGAUCUUUCCAGGUAUAGCCAAUGAUUUUAUCCCCCAGAAUCCUUUGCCUUUCAAGGAAUUAGUUUUCAUAGUGAGCCCAGUGACUUGAUGUUGCCCAAACCUUUUUAUUUUCCAAUAUAAGCUCCAAGAUGCUAACUGAUCUACUGUGAAAUAUAUUUUUACUAGCCUUAUCAAAUGAGCACAGUUUUUUGCUCACUCCAUUAAACUGGUUGAUAAUUCUUUAGAUGUGAAUGUUAGGUAGGUUCUACUGUAAUAACUAAUUGUAAAAGUUGUAAAUUUGUUUAAUGGAUGAAAUGUGUACUUUUUGUAUUCUGUACAGCUUGUCUUUUUUAAAUAUUAAGUACUUAAAUGCACUUACUAUGAUAGGAAAUAUGUGUGCCUUCUAGGAUUUAUGAAGCUGUUUCAUGAACUGUUAAGAAAUUUGUAAGUAUAAAGUUUCCCUGUCUUAAUAACAAAGGGUUUACUCAUAAUAUUGUAGAACUUUAGUUUGAGAAAAUGGAUUUGACUAUGUACUGAAUUUAGAAGUUGAAGAUAAUACUAUAUGUUUUGUUCUUGGGGCAAACUGAUGUAUUGUGCAAUAAAUAAUCUUUAGCAAGUAAA